CACAAAGCAGGGGACAGAGAGACGCCGCGAUAGAAGAAGAAGAUAGUAGGUAGAAGAAAACGAGAGGCAAGGGUCAGGCAUAAUAUGCUCUCUCACUAGGCUAAGAAUUUGAAGCCAUGGAUUAGGGUUUUUCAGUUUCUUUCUUUCAUCGAUUAACCCAGAAUACAACUAUCUCUUCCUUGGUGUUUAGAGAUUCUCUUCGUCUCCGCCUAUAUAUCAUUUCUCAAAUCGUCGACUUAGGAAUUUACCAGGAAUCAUUUCGUUUGUGAUUUUAUCAAGCCUAGCUUCAAUUCCUGUUAAUCGAUGGAUUCUCAGAUGCUCGUGGCGCUUGGACUAUCCCUUGUUGGGGGAUUAAGUACUUCUUUAGGUGCGCUUUUCGUAGUUCUUAGUGAGACUCCCAAUAUGAAGAUGCUUGGUCUUCUACAGGGUUUUGCGGCAGGUCUGAUGUUGAGCAUAUCGUUCCUGGAUUUGGCUCAUAAUGCUAUUAACUCUAUUGGGUUCUUAAAAGCCAAUCUCUGGUUUUUCGGUGGUGUGAUAUUCUUUGCGUGUAUUGCCAAAUUCAUACCCGAACCAACAGUUGGUCCUUCUACUGACGUGAAAAGAAGAAAGAAAAAUGGAGACGAGGGAGGUAAAGACAUGAUGAAAAAGCAUCGCAAGCAAGUCUUAUAUAGUGGACUUAUUACAGCUAUAGGCAUAAGCUUGCACAAUUUUCCAGAAGGGAUGGCUGUAUUUCUCGGAUCAAUUAAGGGCAUGCGAGUUGGUGUUAAUCUGGCUUUGGCCAUCGCUUUACACAACAUUCCUGAGGGUGUUGCAGUUGCACUUCCUAUUUAUUUUGCAACAGAAAGCAAAUGGCAGGCAUUUAAGUUGGCAACACUCUCUGGUUUAGCUGAGCCUCUAGGUGUAAUUAUCGUGGCCUAUCUUUUCCCAAGAAGCUUAAGUCCAGAAAUCCUUGAAGGUUUGUUGGGAGCAGUGGGUGGAAUCAUGGCUUUCCUAACGUUGCACGAAAUGCUUCCUUUGGCAUUUGAUUAUGCGGGACAGAAACAAGCUGUGAAGGCUGUGUUUUUUGGCAUGGCAUGUAUGUCUGCGAGUCUUUACUUUCUGGAGCUGAGUUUACCUGAUACAAUGAGCUUGUAAGGUUAGUGAUGUCAUGUGCAAUAAUUGCCUCCCCAAAGAGAUAAAACAGUCUCUGGAGUGAAGUAGUCUCUUUGUAUCUGUAAAGACUGAAAUCUGUAAACAAUGACUAAUUCAUUUUUAAUUCAAAUGAAUAAACAUAUUUUCUUACAGCA